AAAAAAAAUAUUUUAAUAUUAUUUCAAAUAAAAACUAUUAAAAAAAAGGCAUCCUAGACUUGAAACUGUCAGGCACCCGGUUUCUACUGCUCGACGGCAAUUUACUCAGCUGAACGAGGCUUUGCCAAUUCGGUCACUCUUGAUUUCAACUAUUUCAACGCUCUCAAUUCCACGACCCAUCACAACAAUUUUCAAAGGGAGACAGACAGGCACAUACAUGCCUUGCCCCCCCACAACUCCUUUUUUUACCACCAGUUUUCAGCAACUGACACGGAAGUAGGCAGGUGUUGGAUCGAUGCUUUUGCAGUUGCAUGCAGGCUCUCUUCUCCACUCUAUUUAAACACGGGUUGCUGAAAGUCUCUUUGCAAGUCCAUCCAUCCAUCUUUAGUUUCUUCACUUUUGUUAUUGCUAAGCUUCCUUUUCUGCUUACAAAAUCCUUGUAGUUUUCAAUUCAAGAAACCAUUGGAUUCAUAAUGGCGAUGAAUGUUAUUUUCAUUUGCUGACAUGGGAAAUUUUCCAUAUUAUAGCUUCCAGAGUCUUGCCUUAGUUGCGCUUCAGUAGCUAGAAGCAGCUUUAAGCUGUGGACAAUCUCAGCUGUUGAAAAGCAUGAGGGAGCUGACAACAAACUCAUCCAAGGAUGGACUUGAUGAUGGCUUUGGUCCUCAGGCCAUGACCAACCUGAUGUCUACUAAGCCAAAUAAGGCAUCAAAAUGGAAAUACCAGGGAGUGGCUGAAAACCAUGACAAACAAUUUGCAACUUCAGUAUUAGCCCCUCAAUUUUACUCACAUUCCAAACAUUAUUACCCUCUUUUACUCACAUUCCUAACAUUACAUAACCCCUUAUUUAGUUAUAAAAUUUAAAUAUAAUAUUUACUAAAACUGACAAGAGUAGUACUUAGUAGCAAAUUUUCUAGUUAAUAAAACAAAGCUAACAGAAUGAAAAUGCAAUAUGAGCAGAAGAUUCAGCGUCGGUGCUGCCGAAAAUUGGAAACUGACUGGAAGGGCCAGUUGAAAAAAGGUUCUCCAUAUCAAAAUGGACACAGAGUAUUGAAUGAUGAGUCUUUGGGGCUGUGUUAGCGAUCAGAGAGAAUCUUGUGUAUGCAUGUGUGAGUGAUGUGUGUUUAAGUAGGUGUUUUGAUUUCAAGUGAGCAUACAAUCUGGUAAGAAAGGGUUAUGGGCGGUGCAAGGUGCUGCAAGUUGAAUUUCACCAUAAACCCUAAACCUUUCAUUUAAAAUAAGUAACUAGUAUUUCCAGUGAGUUUCUUUCUAAUAAUUCAAGGCAGUAGAAUCCCUGUGCAUGAGAAUAGACAAUCAUGGAGCUAGCACAGUACACAGGCUUUACGCUUUAACUUUUCCUACUACUCAACAUUCUCACCAACGCUAGGUACACUGGCCUUAGUGUGUGCUGAAGAGAGAGAGAGACUGGCAAAGAUGGUAUAUAGAGUGGGAGUGAGAUGACUGUUGGCAUUUGGUCAUCAAUGCAUUGUUUUGCCAUUAUAGAAUGGUUUUCUGUGCAAGGUUGGCCCAAGGGCUGCCACAUUUAAAUCAAAGCUGGCGCCAAGUUUCAAACCCUAUGCCUCUCUGUCUGAGGUUCCUCACUGGUCAGUUGGGUAUCCCAAAACCACCACCCUCCGGCCACUUGUCACUCUCUUCACGCUAUUGCACUCUCUAUUCAAACCCGUAUUUGUUAACUCUAGUCUUCUCUCCCUUCUUGUCUUUCUUCAUGGCCUUUAAUCUCUCUCUUACUACUCAACCCACUGCAUUUCUUGACGAGUUUAUCUUGCCUUUUAACACCUGGGUUGUUUCAACAGGCAGCACCUCGCACCGCCCAUGACCCUUUCUUACCAGAUUGUAUGCUCACUAGAAAUCAAAACACCUACUUAAACAAACACACACACACACACACACACAGGAUUCUCUCUGAUCGGUAACACAGCCCCAAAGACUCAUCAUUCACAACUCUCUUUGUGUCCAUUUUGAUAUGGAGAACCUUUUUUCAACUUUAUUCACCAGCACAGGCAACACCACCAAUACCACCAAUGCUAGCAACGCAAUAAUGGGUUGUCCUCAGAAUUCCCAGUUCUCUUCUAUGUAUGGACCAUUGAGCUACCAUUCAACAGUACCUUCAAAUUCCGUAACUCAGUCAAACUGCGUUCCGCCACAGUACUAUAUGCCAGCGCCUUGUGAAAGUCGACAAAAUCCAUACACGCAUUCUCUAGAGAAGCCUAGCCAUCAUACACCAUCUGCAGAUCCUUUCCGUCUUGCCAUGGCUGGCCAAAAUGCUUUUGAAAUGCAAAGAUCAUGCAUUUUGCAGCCUAAUGCGUUCCAAUUAGAGCAAGAAAGGAGAGCUCUUGAUGCAUACAAGACCAAGGUGGCAAGGUGUAAGAGAAAACUUGCACGCCAAAGAAGCCUUAGUAAAACUUCUAUUGGGGCUAGUUCAACUCAAAUAAUGGAUGCAAGGAGAUUGGCUUUGCAUGGUGCUAGUACUUGUGGCCAAAGAAGCAGGAGCAAUACCAGCAAAGAUCUUUACGAGUUCUUAACACCUGAUAACAAGAGACUCAGAGCGGUGCUUAGGAAGGACUUGAAGAAUAGUGAUGUUGGGUCUCUUGGCAGAAUUGUUCUUCCAAAGAGAGAAGUAGAGGAAAAUCUUCCUGUCCUAAAUGAUAAAGAAGGAAUCCUACUUUUUCUCAGAGAUGUAUACUCUAACCAAGAGUGGGCCUUAAAGUUCAAGUUUUGGUCUAACAACAAAAGUAGGAUGUAUGUUCUUGAAAAUACAGGAGAAUUCGUAAAGCAAAAUGGGCUGGAGACUGGAGAUUUCCUUACUCUUUACGAGGAUGAGAGCAAGAAUCUCUAUUUCUCUAUCACAAAAGUGGGAAAACCAGCAUCGGUGCCAUCUCAAACACCACAGCCUAUUAACCACAACUCUAACUGCCUAUACACCCCGCAUAUGUGCCAAGCUAGGGAUGAAGAAAAAUCAUCUUUAGCACUACUUAUAGAACAACUUGACCAAAAGGAGCAAGAAGAAGCUAACAGCCUCGUGGCUGUGCCUCCGGACUCUGCUUACACAAAAAACGAACUAACCAACAAUCCUUUCAACAACUCAAGUACCUAUUCCCAACCAGCAUCUUCAGCUAUGCAACCUUCUUCACCAAAUGGUAAAAUGAAGGCGGUAGAUGAUUCUCAUGUCGAUGACUGCUAUACUGGUCUCGGUGUGCUCCCUGAUGUCUACCGAUUUAAUUUUUCGCUAUGAUCAUGAAUUGGAUAGCAUUAACAAUAAAUAUCAAGAUUCAUAACAUGAAAGAAGAUGGGGUGACAACAUUGUCAAAGCAUGGUUGAUGCAACUAAAAGGUUGAGUAAUCAGUUGUUGAUUGUAAUACGACCGCUAGCAAUAUAUUUUCCCUGAUGUUUAGGAGGACAUAGAGAAGAGACAUUCUUUUUUAACAAGGGUAUUGGAUAUUAGAAGUUCCUAUCUUGUUUUAUUUUUUCUUUUUUAACAUGGAAAAGGAAGAACAAGAAAAUUUAAAGAGAAGACAUUUGUAAUUGGGGAGGUGGUUUGUAAUUGCAUUUCUGAUGUAAAUAAUCCUUUUCAAUGGAAUUAUUUCCCAUAUCAAUAAACAAUCAUUUGCUAGCAAA